UCUCUCCGGCUGCGAGGCACAUUUUUUAUUUGUCUCCCCUCAUCUCUACCUCACACCUUCCGUCCUUCCGUUUCCCCUCUAAAACAAUUUGGGAUUACCAGGAGACUGGGUACCAUGACGACCCCAUUGUAAUUUUGCGACCUCCACCUCCACACUCGAACCGGGAUGAGCGUACCGUGGAGCGGCGCUGCGCCCUGCGUGCGCCCGUCCAGGGCGACGCACAAGCGGCUGGACUCGGACUCGGAGCCGCAGCCUCCGAGCAAGCGCGCCCGGAGGCUGAGCAGCGAGAGCGGGGACGCGCACGGAGGACUCCUCGGGACCGCCGCCGCCGCCGCGACCACCCCGUCUACCGUCACCCAGCGAGGGCCGUCCAAAAUCGGAGCCUUCCUGCUGGUGCCCUCCGCCGAGCACUGCCGCGCCGUGCACGUCGACACCGGCGACGAGCUUCUAUGCAAGGUGUUCAGCAUGGCAGAGUACCAACAAAAGAUCCGUGCCUACGGGGCAGUGCCCCCCCACCGGAACGUGUCCGCUGUUCGGGAGGUGAUCUUGGGGGAGCGCGAGGCCUACAUCUUCCUGGAUAAAGACUUUGGCGACAUGCACACGCUGGUCAAAAGCCGACGGCGGCUGGACGAGACGCAAGCCCGGGUGCUUUUCCGGCAGAUGGCGGAGGCGGUGGCACAUUGCCACCAGGCGGGCGUCGUGCUUGGCGACCUCAAGCUGCGCAAAUUUGUCUUCGCCGACGAAAAGAGAACCCAAGUCCGUCUGGAGAGCCUAGAGGACUGCCGCGUACUAGAGGACCCGAAUGACGACGCCAUGUGCGACACCCACGGCUGCCCCGCUUACGUCAGCCCCGAGAUCCUCAGCGGAGCGGCACCCUACUCGGGCAAAAUGGCCGACAUGUGGAGCCUAGGCGUGGUGCUGUACACCAUGCUAGCCGGCCGCUACCCUUUCCACGACGCCGACCCAGCCGCGCUUUUCUCCAAGAUCCGACGGGGACACUGUUGCCUGCCCGAGGGACUCUCGCCCGGUGCGCGCUGCCUGGUCCAGAACCUUCUACGGAAGGAACCGUCAGAAAGACUGACAGCCUCCGAAUUGCUAGCUCACCCGUGGUUCCGAAGCCCGACUACGGAAGCUAAUCCUGCCGAGCAAACGGUGCCGUCUUUUCACGUAGAAGACGACGACCUUCUACUCUGCUGACUAAAAAAGGACCCUCCUGUGUACAGUGAACCCCCAAAGGGGAAAAUAAGCAAACAUGCCCUAAAAGGGUUUGAACUGGACACCACAAGAUGGCGGUUGAAGCACUUAAAGCGGAAAAUCACCAGAAUAUCAGCAACAUGCUUCUAGCAUGUACACUAACAUGAAUUAAUGACUGUCCAAAGCAGUAAAAGCAUUCAGACUGAUCAUUUCUGGGCAAACCAACAUUUGCACUCGCACUUUAUGCUUAUUAAAAACACCUCUUAGCAUUAACUCGUUGACGGUGAUAGAAGAACCAGCGUUGCUUUCAAAAUGAACCGUUUUAUAUUGAAUAUGCAGGAACUUUGCCGUAUUAAUACUUAUAACACUGAAAAUAAUUCAACACAUCUACUGCACAGCUACUGUCAUAUCUGCUUUAAUGUUAUUUCAUGAAUUACCAUUGGCUGCCAACAAUAUUCAAUGCCAACUAUCCUGUUUAAAAAAACAUGGCUAUCAUUGUCAAAACUCCACCAGAUGGCGCCAAAGUCAAGCUAACGGCUAGGGUCAAUUAGCCAAGAUUUUAGGCAAAGUAACUCAAGUUUAAAAACGGAAGAAAAAAAUGCAAACAUACAAAUCUGUAAAUGCCAAAGGGGGUUCACUGUACUGUCUGCGUACUGUACGGGCAUUUUUUGUUUGUUUUUCUUUAAUUGUUGGUGCUAAGACGAAAUAGCCAAGACCUCAUGCUAGCUUCACAUAGCGCAGCGGAAAACGUCUCAAACACACAAAAACAACGGUCAAUCGGAUGGAAAGUCAAAAUAAUGACACAAAAUUGUGUCUAAAACAAAAGGAAACAUUAAAAAAAAAAUCCUGAAAACUUUAUUGCCUGGGAAAUUACAAAUUGCCAGCUUUGUUUUAAAUGUGAAACAACAAAAACAAUUGUUUUUGGUGUUAUUUCCCCCCCCUCCAUUCAAAAUAGCAGUUAAGGUACUUUUUUUUUUCCCUCUGAGGAAACUGAUAAAACAAACGCAUUUGUUUGUUGUUUUUCAGAAAGUUUAAAAAUACUUAGUUUGUAAAAAACUAGCAACAAGAGUGUCAACUGUGAGGACAUAAAACUGCAGUCGACAAUGGUACAAUCCUGCAUUUUCUCUUCAUUAACUUGUUAAAAACAAUGUUAGGUAUUUUUUUUUAUUCGUUGAAUGCAGAUUCAAGAUACGUGUACAUUUUUUCCCAUGUGAAAAGAGUUGCUUCCAUGCAGUAAAGAUGACGAAAGUGCACUUCCUGUUGCACUGGGAAUAAAGUGUGUGCGCGUGAGACAAAAUGGCAGCAUUAAAAUCACUAUUGAAAUAUAUUCAGGUGUAAAUAUUUGUAUAUUUCAAAUGAGUGUUAUAGAUGAAUAAAUAUGUUUUUCCAAAA